AUGGCUCCCAAUAACUCCAAAUGGUGGCAAGCGCCCAACGAGGCCGACCUGGACUAUGGAUUCGAUUCUGACGAUUUGGAUGUUAGAUUCGCCGACUCUCAGAGGAACCAGCGCCGACCGAUACAAACUACCGAAACACGAGAACGAAGCCAAGCCUCAGAGGCCCAAGGCGUAAGCAGCGAAAAUACAGAUAAAGGCGUCAUUGGGAAUAUGUCGGAUUGGCUUUCGCGGCAGGUUGGGUCGCACAACUCACACCUUGCGGCCACUGCUGUGGUUUCUGGUGCAGCUGUCGCAAGUGCGAUUUUUGGAUACCAGACUUAUCGGAGAAAAGAGGCUGUUCACGAUCUGAAGGCUUCGAUUCCUCUGGCUGAUGAACAGCACCCUUCCGAGAGGCUCACGAACUUUGGUGCAGCUGAUAGUGCUAUUCCAUUGAGUAAGGAGGAUGAGCGCAGUGCAGCUUUAGCUCGCAGAGCCCAACAGGGAGAUUAUGACGAUGAACUGAUCCUUGAGCAGCUUGCCCGAAACCGUGUCUUCCUCAAUGACGAGGGCCUUGCACAACUACGUUCCUCUUUUAUUGUGGUUGUCGGCUGUGGUGGUGUUGGAUCCCACGCCGCUGCUGCGCUCACUCGCUCUGGCGUCUCCAAGAUCCGACUCAUUGAUUUCGACCAAGUCACACUCUCCUCUUUGAACCGACAUGCACUCGCCACAUUAGCCGAUGUUGGAACGCCAAAGGUGCACUGUAUCCGUAGGCGUUUGGAACAGAUCGCCCCAUGGGUGAUGUUUGACUGUCGCAAUGAACUCUACGGCAAGGAGGCUUCCGAAGAUCUUCUCGGUCCAUGGACUCUGACACACGAGGACGAAGGCCGUCGACCAGAUUACGUGCUUGAUUGCAUUGACAACAUCACAUCUAAGGUUGAUCUCCUACAUUACUGUCACACAAACUCCCUGCCUGUUAUUUCGUCGAUGGGCGCAGGCUGCAAAUCCGACCCUACUCGCGUUGUUGUCGGCGAUAUCUCGCUUAGUACCGAUGAUCCACUGUCUCGCAGUACCCGUCGUCGAUUGAAGGCGAAGGGUGUCAGUUCGGGCAUUGCAACUGUCUUCUCGACUGAGAAGCCUGGACCUGGCAAAGCUAGUCUACUCCCGCUUGCCGAGGAGGAGUUUGCGAAGGGCCAGGUGGGCGAGUUGGGAGUUCUUCCCGACUUCCGAGUGCGCAUUCUCCCUGUUCUAGGCACUAUGCCCGCUGUGUUUGGAUACACAGUUGCCAACCAUGUCAUUUGCAGUGUGACGAACUACCCCAUCGACUAUAACAUGGGCGGUAAGGGUCGCGAGAAGCUGUACGAUAGUACACUGUCAAGUCUCCAAGCUCUAUCCCAGAAAUUGAACAAGCAGGUUGCUGGCCAAGACCAAAUCGGCUUGCGCAUCCCAGUCAGCCGUGAUGAUGUCGCAUUUUUGAUAGAAGAAGUCUGGCGUGGAAAGAGUGCCAUCACCGGUCUGCAGUCUCGACUGCAGCUAGUUCCAUGGGAGGUACCGGCCCAAGGAUGGGUCGUUGAUCCCAAAUGGGAGGCAGAGGGACAGAAGAUUCUUCCGAUCGAUCUUAAAGAUUUGGUAUGUAUGACCAAGGACGAGGCUACAUACCAUGAGCGCGAGGUACUACGUGGAGGCAAAAAGGCUGAGGAUGCAUACGAUGAACUGGUUGUGCAAAGGGUGAAUCUCCGUCGCAAGGAAGCAGAGGAGUAUGAGCAAUACCGGGGUUAA